CAAUCCUGGGUCGUUGGCCCCGGCCCCUCCGAGUUUUCGAGCUGCUGCUUCGCUUCAGCGGUGUUGCUUUGAGCUGAAGGCUCUUACAGGACAGAGAUGGAUACCGGAGUUCACAUGAGAAGAAUGAGCACGCCUGCAAUCCGCCAAGUGAAUAACUCCAGAGACGACGCCGACAGCGUAGUCAGCAGCGCCGAGUUCGCUAGCUACACGGUCCACAUUCCCCCCACGCCGGAGUACCACCCGAUGUACAUGUCGAUCGAAGCUUCAAAUGCCGAGAAAGUCGAAGACCUGUAUGCAUCGAGCUCACUCUUCACGGGAGGGUACAAUCGCGCCACGCGCUCUUUUUUGAAGGAGAAGAUGACCGACUCCAUGUCGAACCAUCCUCAGAUGGCAGGUGCAAAUGGAUCGACAUGCGCAGUACCGGGGUGCGACGCGAAGAUCAUGAGGGACGAGCGAGGAGAAGACAUCGUCCCGUGCGAUUGUGAUUUCAAAAUAUGCAGGGACUGCUUCAGGGACGCGGUGAGAGGGGGAGAUGUGGUUUGUCUGGGGUGUAAGGAGCCUUACAAGGGGCUGGACAUAGCUGAGCCGGAGAUGAAUGAUGGGCGGCGUGUGUCUUCUGGGGGAAUGUCGAGGGGCGAGCGAAGGAUGUCCAUGAUCAAAUCAAGGAUGUCGCUGAAGAGGUCAGAAAUGGAUGACUUUGAUCAUAGGAAUUGGCUCUUUGAAACGAAGGGGAGUUACGGAUAUGGGAACGCGAUGUGGCCUAAAGAGGACGUGGAUGGAGAUUACGAUGGAUUCGGUAACCCCCAAGUGCUUUAUGACAAAAGGUGGAGGCCCCUGACUCGCAAACUACAUGUCUCGACUACAAUCCUCAGUCCCUACAGGCUCUUAAUUUUCGUCAGAAUUGUUGCUCUGACACUACUUUUGGCAUGGCGGAUUAAGCAUCCUAAUGAAGAUGCGAUGUGGUUGUGGGCAAUGUCUGUGGUUUGCGAGAUAUGGUUUGGAUUCUCAUGGCUACUUGACCAACUUCCAAAACUCUGUCCUAUUAAUCGCUCUUCUGACCUUGAUGCCCUGAAAAUGAAGUUUGAAACUCCUACUCCUACCAACCCUACUGGAAAAUCUGAUCUCCCGGGUAUCGAUAUCUUUGUCUCCACCGCUGAUCCGGAGAAAGAACCGCCUCUUGUCACUGCAAACACCAUUCUGUCAAUAUUAGCAGCUGACUAUCCCGUUGAGAAGCUCGCAUGUUAUGUGUCUGAUGAUGGAGGUGCACUCUUAACCUUCGAGGCAAUGGCGGAAGCUGCAAGUUUUGCCAAUAUGUGGGUGCCAUUUUGCCGUAAGCAUGGAAUUGAACCCAGGAAUCCAGAAUCUUACUUCAACCUAAAGAGAGAUCCCUACAAAAACAAGGUCCGACAGGAUUUUGUUAAGGACCGUAGGCGGGUUAAGCGUGAGUAUGAUGAAUUUAAGGUUCGGAUCAAUGGCCUUUCCAAUUCGAUACGACGACGUUCUGAUGCGUACAAUGCUUGUGAGGAGUUAAAAGCUGCGAAGCUGCAGAACAAAAACGAAUCUGGUGAAGGAGUGGAGAGUUUGAAGAUUCCUAAAGCUACUUGGAUGGCUGAUGGAACCCACUGGCCCGGCACCUGGACUGUUCCCACGGCUGAACACUCACGGGGUGAUCAUGCAAGCAUCAUACAGGUAAUGCUGAAACCUCCAAGUGAUGAACCAUUGAGAGGUACUGAAUCAACAUCACCUAUCGAUCUAACUGAAGUGGACAUUCGUCUUCCUAUGCUGGUCUAUAUAUCUCGUGAAAAGCGUCCUGGUUAUGAUCACAACAAGAAAGCCGGUGCUAUGAAUGCACUUGUUCGAGCCUCGGCCAUUAUGUCUAAUGGCCCCUUCAUCCUAAACCUUGACUGUGACCAUUAUAUAUACAAUUCCCAAGCAAUGAGAGAAGGCAUGUGUUUCAUGAUGGACCGAGGCGGAGAUCGCAUCUGUUAUGUCCAGUUCCCACAGAGGUUUGAAGGAAUAGACCCAUCUGAUCGCUAUGCCAAUCACAACACCGUCUUUUUUGAUGUCAACAUGCGGGCUCUUGACGGUUUACAAGGUCCGGUUUAUGUUGGAACUGGAUGCCUCUUUCGUCGGACUGCUCUAUAUGGCUUUGACCCUCCUCGAGUCAAAGAACGUGGGGGCUGCUUUAGACAGAUCUUCAAGCGACAUCGAUCGUCUGCUGUGGUUGCUUCUACUCCUGAAAUUUCCCUCGUCGAAAAUCACUUUCUUGGUAUGGGAGAUUCUGGCCAGGAAGAAGUGAAUCUUCUCCCUAGUAAGUUUGGAAAUUCAGUCCUCUUUGUUGAAUCUAUUCGCAUAGCUGAAUUUCAAGGUCGGCCGCUCGCUGAUGACCCAUCAGUGAAAAACGGGCGGCCGCCUGGUGCUCUUGCUAUUCCUCGGCAGCUUCUCGAUGCACCGACUGUUGCUGAGGCAAUCAGUGUCAUCUCAUGCUGGUAUGAAGAUAAAACUGAAUGGGGGCAACGAAUUGGUUGGAUAUAUGGGUCUGUCACAGAAGAUGUGGUCACAGGGUAUAGAAUGCAUAACCGAGGAUGGAGAUCUAUUUAUUGUGUUACCAAGAGGGAUGCUUUCCGUGGGACUGCACCUAUUAAUCUCACCGAUCGGCUCCAUCAGGUUCUUCGAUGGGCCACCGGCUCUGUGGAGAUCUUCUUCUCUCGUAACAAUGCGCUUCUAGCCAGCAGAAGGAUGAAGUUUUUGCAAAGGAUUGCUUAUUUGAACGUCGGAAUAUACCCAUUCACUUCCAUUUUCCUAGUUGUCUAUUGCUUUCUUCCAGCAUUGUCCCUCUUCUCUGGUCAGUUCAUUGUUCAGUCCCUUGAUGUUGCUUUUCUGACUUAUCUUCUAGCAAUUACUGUAACCCUCUGCAUCCUGGCAAUGCUCGAGAUCAAAUGGUCCGGGAUCGAAUUGGAAGAAUGGUGGCGAAACGAACAAUUCUGGUUGAUCGGAGGGACAAGUGCUCAUCUUGCUGCCGUGAUACAAGGAUUGUUGAAGGUGAUAGCUGGGAUCGAGAUCUCCUUCACCCUGACGUCGAAAUCAGCCGGCGAUGAGAACGACGAUGACUUCGCGGAGCUCUACUUAUUCAAAUGGACGUCGCUGAUGAUACUUCCGAUCACCAUCAUGAUGACCAACUUGAUCGCGAUUGCGGUGGCGGUCUGCCGGACGAUAUACAGCGUCAUACCUCAGUGGAGCCGACUGAUGGGAGGGGUGUUCUUCAGCUUCUGGGUCCUCGCUCAUCUCUAUCCUUUCGCCAAGGGGCUGAUGGGGAAGCGAGGGAGGACGCCGACGGUCGUGUAUGUCUGGUCAGGCCUCAUAGCCAUUACCAUUUCCCUCCUCUGGGUGUCGAUCAAACCUCCGGCAGGUAACAAUCAAAUUGGAGGACCCUUUCAGCUGUGGUAGUAGUUCGAGUGACGAUGCUACAUGGAAGUUACUUGGUGUAGUUAUUCUUACUUAGGAUUUCGAACUUUUAAGUCGGUCUUUAUAGAGGUUUCCAGCAUUCAUAUUAGUAGCCAUGUCCAUUUCA